GCGAGCUGGAAGGAGCAGGCAGCCAUAGCCGAGCUGCGCUGCUGUAUGCUGGAUGGGGCGCAUGGUGGUCCUUGGGUGCAUGUGGCAUCUGCGGGUUGGGGAACGAGGUUGUUGGAUAGAUCUGGGCCACGUGGCCCAGCCGUCCAAUACGGUUGCUCAGCAACACGCUGAUCGAGAUAACGAUGCGCCUCUCAUGGGCGAAAAAUACGGAAAUGAUGGUUGCGAAGUGCAAGAGGGGUGUACGGCGACGGCGGCGACUUUGAAAGGUACAGAGGUUUGUAGUCGGGAGUCCGUUGCUGAUCUCGUCGAUGAUCGAGAGAAAAUAGGCGAAGGCAAACAAGAUGGGUGUACGAUGGGAGCUCCACGAGGUGCAGAGGUUCUUCGUCAAGAGGGCGUUGUCGAUCUCCGCGACGAACGAGAGAGUGGAAGUGGAGGCGAGCAGCGGGUAAUCGAUCAGGUUGCGGCUGGACUGGGUGUAUUGCGCAUUGAUGAUCGAUUUGCUUGCAGUCAUGGGGGUAAAGAUGGCAGCAGGGUUGAGAAGAAAGGGGGCAGUGGCACUGUCAAGGAGGAGGAGGAGGAGGAGGAGUUGGAGGGAUGGGAAGAGCUGGUUCAAGGGAAGAAAAAGGGGGCAGUGGUAAUUCCUCUUGCGACCAGCAGCACAGAGAUUCAGUAUGCUAGUCGACGUAAAUUGCACGUGCCGCAAGCUGUGGCAGGCUGGACAUAUCCAAGAACUGCCGUACAAGCGCAGAGAUGUGACCCCUCAAAAUUCCAUUCUGCAUUUGCAGUGCGAGUGAUUGAUAGCGAAGAUACUCUCAUGCCUCUGGGGCUGAUCGGCGCAGCAAGGGUUGCAUUGACAGCCAGGAAAAGACUGGUGCUGGCAUUCGUGGCGAGGAAACCAGAGGGCAACACAUGUCUCAACAAGGACAAGAAAAACAAUCCCGGCAUUCUGGGUGUUGAAACCAAUGCAGCAAACACGUUGAUGGUCGAUGUUCCAUUCAAGGAAGGUGACGACACGGCGAAGGAGCAAUCUGAAUUGGGAUUAGCUGCUACAUUAUCGGACAAGGGAGAAGCUUUCAGUGAGAAGUGUGAGAUCCGGUGCGCAGCACCAGCGAAGGAGUGCGACGUGGUGGAGUCAGGAGCAGAGCUGUCCCCGCAAGGACAUGGCUUGGUCUUGUGCAAACCCUCUUCGCCAAUGAGCAGCGCUUUGCAGAGACACACACACACAAGAGAAGGUGAUGAUGGUGUUGAUGUUACGGAGGGGGGUUUCAAUGCGAAGGGGGGGGUCAGUUCUCCCAGAACAACAACAGACAUAGAGUCUGAUGCUCUCUGUGUUCCUGCUGGAAAGCCGUGCAGGAUGACCUGUCCGCAUCAGAUUCACCAAAGGGGGGAUGACAGCCAGCAUAGGACCCCUGUGAUUGGCCUUGAUGAUGACGGCACGUGUUGUCGUAGUAAUGAUGUGAAUCUGGGAUUCUCACACAAGCAGCAGUGGUCAAGUGAUCUCGAUCGCAGAGGGAGCAGACCGUCCAUUCAGACAGCGGAAAGGGCGGAUGUAGAGGAGCCCGAAUGGCACAGGAAGCGGCAGGUAGUUGAAGACACAUUGCAGAACCGCAGUCGGUCAGCGGCCAGUGCUGUUCUUCCAGAUGAACAAAGACCCGCUUCAAGAGAUUGGGCAUGCUGGAUUGGUAAAGUGCAGUACAUAACCGUCUCGCCGGAUUUGAAUUUUGUGGUGUUGAAUUUCCGCCCAACAAAAGUCAUCAGAGACCAGGAAAAGGCGUCAGCGUCACUUGCGCAGGGAGGAGUUGUUUCAACAAUGAAAGGCUUGGUAAGGAAAUGAGUUGGAGUGGAAAAUGGCGCUCCGAGCAGAGAUUGGUGUCUUCUAAGAAAAGCAUUGUGAGAAGCUAGGCAAAGGGGUGAGAAAGUAGGCACGCACAUAGUAGGGAGGCCAAACAUCGCCGCCGUUCACUUCUCUUUUUCUCAAUGGGAAAAAAAAAGGCUUGUACACAGAGGGCGAAAGUAUUGUCCGAGAUGAAGAAGCCUCUGUGCAGAUUUUGUCUCUCAGGGCUGGGAUGUCCAGAAGAUACCAAAAGAGAUGUGGGGGGGCGUGGGAGCUGCAGAAUUACCAAAAGAGAGCAAUGCAAGCCAUACAGAAGUAUCAUGCAGCUACGCAACCGAUCUGCCUCCAUUGAGGUAAGCGUCCGCUAACCUUGAGACUUGUGGAAUGCUUCCAAGUUGAACCAACCUGGUGGUACAAAGCUCGAGCGUGCUGGCAAGGAGAGGUCUGUACAAGCUCUUGGGUGCAGGCAAGAAGAGGUCUGUACAAGCGUAGAUGGUGCAGGCAGGUCGGUCCAGCGAGGAUGUCCGGACAAAUGGCGGGACGGUCUGUGCACGCUCGAUGGGUGCAGGCAGGACGGUUUGUAUGCGCUAGACGGAGCAGACACGACGUUCCGGCCAGGAUGUCCGGUCAAACUGCUGAGGUAGAGCAUUGGCAGUGGGUGAGUCGGUGAGACUUUGCUGUGCAAACGGUGGUAAUCAUGGAUUAUAAAUUACAAUUGAAGGCACAUCACGGGCAUCCCCUGUGGCCGAGAGGUGCUGCAUCAAGGGUCGCAGGUUCAGAAGGGACGGUUUGCUGUGCGGAGGGACUGGGGACAAGUUCCGUCAGAAAGGGAUUGGAUACCUGCACACAACGUGGAUCAGGAAGCGCUAUGUGGAACGGAGGUUGGGCAGUACUACGUGGAGCAGAUGAACCGGAUGGAUUGUAUCAUGUGGACUGGGUGAUAUCAUGCGGCGCAGGUGAUACCGUGUGGGUUGGGUGGCACUUUGUGGGCUGGCGGGUACCGUGUAGGGUAGGUGAACGAUGUCAGGUGCGCCAUGUGCCCAAAAGAACCCUCUCCUGCAAUAUACUUGAACAGCAGCCUGGUUUCAGCGGUGCCGCAAAAUAGAGCCGACAUAACUCAAAAUCGCCUUCUUCUGCUCACCUGGUCGCAUCGGGAUUUAAACUCCAGUCUUUAUUUCCGAAGUUCCCAACUUCAUUGGUGUGCCACGCCAGGUCGACACAAAAAAGUUAUCUCGCAAAGAUCGUCGCCCCUUUUUCUGAAAAAAACAAAGACACAAAAACCAAAAAGAAAAAUGACUUUGUAUUGAGCAUGCCCUGAGAAACAUGUGUUGGAAGUGAACACGCCUUACAAACCUGCCCUGCGGACCUGACGCCUUUCCUUCCGCAGCCGCGAAACGAAAAAAUGACCACCGAUCAACGGCAGGUGCAGCAUCUGAUGACGCUUCGGCCUCGUCUUCUUGUGGCGACAAGUGUGGACUGCAAGGUUGGCGCCGUCUACGAGCGGUUUAAGAAAUCACUGUGUUGGAUAUGAACAUGUCGUGAGCAAUGAUUGUCUGGGUGUGAGCAUGCCCUAAGAAACGAUUAUACGUGAGCAAUCAACAUGAAAAGAAAAG